AUGACUAUAAUGACCCGUCCGCCAGAGACACUUCCAACUUACUCUGUUUCUUCGCCUCCGCCAUCUUACUCUUGUGAUCCAGCUGUUGGCGAGCAACUCAUUCAACGAACGCCACGCGCCUUAGGUCGUCCCACCGGAACGUUUAAAAAACUAUCUGGGGGAGUAAAAGUUGUACUCACGGAGCAGGAAGAUGACGCGGAAACACCCAUAUACUCACGACACUAUCCUAUAAAUGGUGCUAUCGCACUGGAACACCGUGAAACAAUCACAGAGGUCAAAGCAAAGGUUGUUGGCCAAAUGCGACUUCUCAUCCCUGGGGUGAACUCUCGUGAGGUGACCUUGGUGGAACAACACCAAAUCCUUUGGUCAUCGAACUCUGCCAGCGGUUCCUCUUCAAUGUGUCCGGGAACACUGCCAUUUUCGCUCACUUUACCGUCCACAUUUGAAGACAAAGGCGCCUCGUAUCCUUUACCGCCGACCUUUAAUCUCUCCUGCCUAGGCUCCUCAGGGCUAACGGCUGUUUGCAAAUAUUCGCUUGAGAUCAAGGUUGUGAAGGGUCACAGUCGAGGUAUCGGACAUUGGAUGAAGACCAAGAAAAUCAGCAUCCCUCUCAAACAUCUGCCACGCUCACGACCGCCUCGUCCCAUUUCGGCAGAGUGCGACCUCUUUUCCGACCUCAAGGUUUCUCCUGAGGAAUGGCACCAAACUCUGACGACGAUUCCCUCACGUUCGCCCGAGACCAUCCCUCCGGUCAACGCACAUGUUUUUAUCCCUUCCACAAAAGUUUUUGCAUACGGCGAGACUAUCCCCUUCCAUAUCCAGUUAACUGGACCUGUAUGCUCGUUGCGCGACCUCUCAGAUUCGUCUGGUAAGGUUCCGAACCUUCGAGUGAACCUUUUACGUCAGGCCUCGCUGAACAUCGACGGUCCCAAGGCUUGGAGGAACAACGUUAUCGCUGACUCCAAGUUAUGGCCGAUACCACCGCCUGUGGGUAGCAUCACGAAUGCAGCUUGCUUGCGGGAAGAUAGUCUCGACUGGCAAGGUGAACUCGAAAUUCCAAAAACCCUCUCCGCUCCAGGUUUCCAUGCGGGAGAUUUGCAUGUCAAGGAUUUCAUUCUCUUAACUGUAAUUCCUGCGGAUAGAAAAUCAAAACUACAAUAUCAUCAAUCUCAUAUAGCUAUCAAAAUUGUCACGGACUCGUGGAGGGAAGCGCCGGACUCAUCGUGA